AUGCACGUGUCAUUAGCUGAAGCCCUUCAAGUUCGGGGAGGACCACUACAGGAAGAAGAAAUAUGGGCUGUAUUGAAUCAAAGUGCUGAAAGUCUUCAAGAGUUACUCCGAAAAGCUGAUCCAACUGCUCUGGGCUUCCUUAUUUCUCCAUGGUCUCUUCUGCUGCUUCCAUCUGGCAGCAUAUCUUUUACAGAUGAAAAUGUUUCUGAUCAAGAUCUGCGAGCAUUUACAGCACCAGAAGUUCUCCAAAAUCAGACGCUAUCAUCUCUUUCUGAUGUUGAAAAGAUUCACGUUUAUUCUCUUGGAAUGACCCUUUAUUGGGGAGCUGACUAUGAUGUUCCAGAAAGCCAACCAAUCAAACUUGGGGAUCACCUGAACAGCAUUCUGCUUGGAAUGUGCGAAGAUAUCGUUUAUGCUCGUGUGUCUGUACGGACAGUUCUCGAUGCCUGCAGUGCUCACAUACGGAACAGCAACUGUGCACCUUCUUUCUCAUAUGUGAAACAGUUAGUGAAACUGGUUCUGGGGAAUUUGUCUGGGGUAGACCAGCUUUCUUGCACAGGGGAGAAAAAACUUCACGCUGACAGGAGCCAGGCCAUUCGGGAGAGGCUGAGAGGAAAAGGACUUCCCACAGGAAGAAUGGCUGAUGAUACAGCUUGUUACCAGGCCCCAUUCUCUCAACAAACCAUGCUUAACAAAGGGCUUAGUAAGUCAUUGGGAUUCUUGUCAAUCAGACACUCACAAGGUGAAGAGUUUUGUCAAAAUACUGCCUCUGAUUACAAUUCGGGCCAUGAUGGAAAUACAGAUACUUACUGUCCUUACUGGUACAGAGCUUCCAACUUGGAAAAGAAAGCCAACAGUGAUCCCAAACGAAAAGUAUCGGCUUCCUCCUCUGAUUUGUUGUGCACAACUGACAAAGUCAGAGAGAGAGACUAUCUUGCAGAUUCUCAUAAGCACCAUCAUCAAGCUGCAACAGUUUCAGCACGGACUUCAGGAACUCCCAGAAACAAAGAAGGAAGAUAUUCUGAUGGGAGCAUAGCCCUUGAUAUAUUUGGCCCGCAAAAACUAGACCAGGUGCUUCACGUGUCAGAGACAUCAACAUCGGCGGCCUUAUCAUGUGCAUUUGAUAGGAUCAAAGAGAGGCAGAAGAAAUUGCAGUUGCUAAGAGAAGCCAUGAAUGUAGAAGAGCACGUACGGAAAUAUAAAUCUUACCAUAGCGAUGUAUGCAGCACUGACAGUGAGAGCCCAUCACUCAUUUCCUCUGAGACAGAUUUUAGACAAGUGAGGAGGUUUGAAGCUCUGAAAGAUGAGUCCAGUGGUUCUUCCUUAAGAGCAGAUGAUACCUCUCCAUCACGUCGAAACCAAGGACAAAGACUGAGGCAGUAUGAAGCAUCUCUUGAAGACAACCUGUUGAGCCAAGAAGUAAUGUUGAAGCGCCAAGAGGAGGAGAUGAUGCAGCUGCAAGCUAAAAUGGCUCUCCAGCAGUCUCAGCUCAGCCUGUAUCCUGGAGACAUAGUGAGGCCGACCAUGCUUGAUAUGACAAAGGAUCCUCUAAGAGAAAUUGCUUUGGAAACAGCCAUGACACAAAGGAAGCUAAGGAAUUUCUUUGGUCCUGAGUUUGUAAAAACUACCAUUGAACCUUUUACCUCCUUGGACCUGCCAAAAUCAAUUCUGAACAGGAAAGGGAAGAAUGAAGACAAUCGUCGGAAAGUCAACAUCAUGCUUUUAGGUGGGCAAAGACUGGAACUGACUUGUGAUACCAAGACCAUAUGCAAAGAUGUAUUUGAUAUGGUAGUUGCCCAUAUUGGUUUAGUGGAGCAUCACUUGUUUGGGUUGGCUUCUUUAAAAGAAAAUGAGUAUUUCUUCAUCGACCCAGAGCUGAAGCUAACUAAAGUAGCUCCUGAUGGCUGGAAAGAAGAACCCAAGAAAAAGAACAAAAACACAGUCAACUUCAUCUUGUUCUUCCGGAUUAAGUUCUUUGUGGAUGAUAUUGGUCUGAUACAGCACACGCUGACGUAUCAUCAGUAUUACUUGCAGUUAAGGAAAGAUCUUCUAGAAGAGAAGAUACAUUGUGAUGAUGAAACAGCCUUAUUGCUGGCCUCCUUGGCCCUCCAGGCAGAAUAUGGAGAUUACCAAGCUGAAGUACAUGGCCUAUCCUAUUUCAGAACAGAACACUAUUUGCCAGCAAGAGUGAUAGAAAAUCUGGACCUAUCUAAUGUGAAAGAAGAAUUGCCAAAGCUGCAUAGCACAUAUACAGGUGCUUCUGAAAAAGAAGCUGAAAUAGAAUUUCUCAAGAUUUGCCAAAGGCUGACAGAAUAUGGUGUACAUUUUCAUCGUGUGUUGCCAGAAAAAAAAUCUCAGACUGGAAUUCUGCUAGGAGUUUGCCCCAAAGGAGUUCUUAUUUUUGAAGUUCACAACGGUGCCCGAAUGCCUGUCCUUCGUUUCCCAUGGAGAGAAACAAAGAAAAUUUCCUUCAGUAAAAGAAAGGUAACUCUGCAGAACACAUCUGAUGGUAUAAAGCAUGCGUUCCAAACUGAUACGAGCAAGACUUGCCAAUACUUGUUGCAACUCUGCUCUUCACAGCACAAAUUCCAGCUCCAGAUGAAAGCCAGGCAAAGCAACCAAGAUGCUCAGGAAAUUGAAAGAGCUUCCAUUAGGAGUCUCAGCCUCUACCCUGAUUCUGUGAAAGGAUUUAACAUGGGACGUGCCAUCAGUACCAACAGCCUGGCCAGCACCACACUGAACAGGCUUGCGGUUCGGCCAUUGUCAGUCCAAGCAGAGAUUCUCAAAAGACUCUCCUAUUCAGAAUUGUCCCUUUUCCAGCCUGCACAAGGGUAUUCCCGGGACAAAAAUGAGAAGACAUCAUGGGAGGAAAGGCCCAAGAUUAUGAGCAAAUCUUUUCAUGACUUGACACAAAGUCAGGUGUUGGUCAGCCCCCUUCAGAAAAAUGUUGUCACCCCUGGGAACUCCUCAUCACAGAAGGUGGAGGAAUUGAUGGGGAAGAUCUUCCAAACAGUGCCAAAAUCUAAUACUGAAUCAAUGGUUGGAGGAGCAAAACUCAACAAUUCACACUCUCAUGCAGGUUUAAAUGCCAGCCUAGAAAGAAAGAAAAAUGAAUCUGAUUCUUCGUCCACAGAAGAUACUGGCCAAGCCUUUGUAAUAGAUCAUCUCCAAACAGAGCAGAAUAUAGUGUCAUUACCAGAAAGGGAGAUCAACUUGAUCAACUUGAAAAAAGAUGAAAAACAUAGCUUAGGGUUUCAGAUAACUGGUGGGGAGAAGACUGGAAAAUUUGAUCUUGGAAUUUUCAUCCAUUCAGUAACUCCUGGAGGACCAGCUGAUUUGCAAGGAUCAUUAAAACCAGGAGAUCGCCUGAUUUCAGUAAACAAUGUGAGUUUGGAAGGGGUCAGCCAUCUUGCAGCAUUAGAAAUAAUUGAGCAUGCUCCAGAAAAUGUGACCCUUGUCGUUUCUCAACCUAAGGAGGGACCAGUUAAAGCAACAUCCAGUCUUCUAAGAAAGGGAUAUUUUAAAAAGUCUUCCUUGAUGCCAGACCAUGAGGCUGAGUCCUCUUCAGAGGAACACAACUGGCCAGUGAGCCAUCGGAGACCCACCUCUGGGAGUGUAUCUGGUCUUUGCCCGGGCAAACAUGAUGGGAGCCUCAGCUCCCAAGAUUCCCGGACUGAGAGUGCCAGCCUGUCCCAGAGCCAAACCAACAACAGUUUUGGCAACCACAUCAAUGACCAGCAGGAAUCGCAACUUUGCGGUAAUCCCCACCUGGGCCCUCCCAAAUGCAGUGAGAGGAACGGAUCAUCCUCAGAGACCAAUGUGAUCAAACCAACUGGAAUGCCAGAGACCCCUGACUGUUCUGACCGAGGGGAUUCCGACAUGGAUGAAGCCACUUACUCCAGCAGCCAGGAGCAAACGGCAUCGAAAAAGGAACCUUCCCUGGUGAAUUUGUCCAACUGCAUGAAUUCUAAAACUCCCCUUAAACCUGGAGAUAUCUUUGAAGUCAAACUGGCCAAAAAUGAGAACGGCUUGGGCAUAAGUGUCACGGUACUGUUUGACAAGGGCGGCGUGAACACCAGUGUGAAGCAUGGAGGGCUUUAUGUAAAGGCAGUUAUUCCUAAGGGAGCAGCCGAAGCUGAUGGUAGGAUUCAGAAAGGUGACCGAGUGCUUUCUGUUAAUGGGAUUACAUUGGAAGGAGCAACACAUAAACAAGCUGUGGAAAUCCUGAGAAACACUGGCCAGGAAGUUCAUCUAGUAUUAGAAAAGGGGCAGCUUCCAGCAGCCAGAGCCCACACUCCCAUUACAUCACAGUGCACAGCUACGAACCAACCCAGUCAUAGUGCAGUCCUGGAGAAGCCUGUGAGGAAGACUUCAAGUGCCAGAGAAUACAACUUUGUCACUGAUGACAAUACAUUUGAGGUGAAACUUGUGAAAAACAGUUCAGGGCUAGGCUUCAGCUUCUGCCGUGAAGAUAGUGUCUCCCCAGAACAACCUGGUUCCAGUAUAGUCAGGGUGAAAAAGCUCUUUCCAGGACAACCAGCUGCAGAGAGUGGGCAGAUUGAAGUUGGGGAUGUCAUCCUGAAAGUCAAUGGUUCUUCUCUAAAAGGAUUAUCUCAACAGGAAGUCAUCUCAGCCCUCAGGGGAACAUCCCCUGAAGUCACCCUUCUCCUCUGCAGGCCACUUCCUGGAAUACUACCAGAGAUUGAUCCUUCUUUGUUGACCCCCAUCCAUUCCCCACCACAAGUGUCCCCCGAAACGGGCAAAGGAAAUCUGCAGCCCUCUAAUGGAGAGCAAGAUGAUAGCUCCGAUGAAAAUGAAGCCACUGACCAGAGCAAGAAGAUCAGGUCACCUUCUCGGAGAGACAGCUACAGUGACAGCAGUGGGAGCGGAGGGGAGGAAGUGAUCACAAAUGCAGCAAGCCCAGAGUGGAGUUCUGCUUUGUACCAAGCCCCAAACAAAUCAGCAGCUCAAGGACGUAUUCCUUAUGAAACACCCAGCAAACAAACAGAAGCUCUACAUGCAGUAUAUUGCUCCCCUCAUGAGUCAUCUAGGAAGCAAGGAAUGGAGAACAGUAACCCUCCAUCACCUCUGCUAAUGGAAUUGUCACCAAUACCAAACCGAAGAACCAUCACACUUAAUUUUACAGAUGAAAAAUACAGCUCUUCUAUCUCUGAGAUCGCAGCUCCGCAAAGUGGAAUGGCAUCCCUUUUCAAUCAGUUUGAAAAACAUGCGGAUGAAUAUGAACCAGAAGUGGAACUUCAUGUGGUUCUGACUAAAUCCGAGAAAGGUAGCCUUGGCUUCACAGUGACAAAGGGCAGUGACAGUACUGGCUGUUAUAUCCACGAUGUAGUACAAGAUCCUGCUAAAAGUGAUGGGAGGUUGAGACCUGGAGAUCGUCUAAUCAAAGUGAAUGAGAUAGAUGUCACUAACAUGAGCCACACAGAUGCAGUCAGUUUUCUCCGAGCUUCUCCAAAGACAGUCACACUGGUGCUUGGACGUGUUCUGGAGCUGCCUAAGAUCCCCGUGUUUCCUCAUCUGUUGCCUGACAUUAGCCUGACAUGCUCUCAGGAAGAACUAGGUAUUUCCCUUGCUGGUGGUCAUGAUAGUCUUUAUCAGGUAAUAUAUAUUAGUGAAAUCAGUCCCAAAUCUGCUGCAGCCAUGGAGGGAACACUUCAUACUUUGGAUGUCAUCCAUUAUAUUAAUGGGAUCAGCAGCCAGGGAAUGACGUUGAAAGAAGCAAAGAAGGCGCUGGAAAUAGCUCUUCCAAAUGUGAUCCUGAAAGCAACAAGAGAUGGCCAUCCAGUGUUUCCGAAAGCUAAAGAUCCUGAGUUUUUUGGUCUGAGGUCAAUCAAACAAAAUGGCCAUUUUCAGGGAGAACAUUAUGGCAAAACAAAAAUGGGACCUGAUGAUUGCAAAACUAAUGGUGAAACAAACAGCAGCCCUCAGCUGAAAAGCCUAUCCCAGGAUCCCAUCUCUAAAGAAAUGUCUCCAAGUGAUGCUGUUUUUCAGGCCUCAGAUUUUCCCAGUUACAACAACAACAAAGCAGAAGCCCAAGAUGAAGAUUCUUACGAUGAGGAUGAUCACAAUGAAGUUAUUCAGUACCUUUUAGAUGUUGUCGAUGAAGAAGCUCAGAACCUGUUAAAUCGUAGUAAUUCUGCAUCUGGGACUCAUCUUGCAGAAACAAAUGGGAAACUUUUGGAAGAGAAAUCGGAGGACACAGAUUGUGAUGGGUCAUCUUUGCCUGAAGAUUUCCCAGAGCAGACCCAAAUAAAUGGCUGUGAAGAGCAUUGCAAUGGCAAAAGGAUGUGUGAACGGUUACCUCAGCAACCCUUGAUGGGUCAGGAGGAUGAUGAUGAGAUUACAUGGGGAAGUGUUGAGUUGCCAAUUGAAUCAAUAAACCAGCAACAGUCUGUUAAAGACUGCCCAUUAAUCACCAAUGAAGAACUUGCUGCUCUUCCAGUGGUCCAAGUUCUUCCUUCAGGCAAAUACACAGGAUCCAAAUUAAAAUCAACUAUUCAGAUGUUACGAGGCUUGUUGGAACAAGGGGUCCCUUCUAAGGAGAUUCAGAAUCUUCAUGAUUUAAAGCCUUUGGAUCAAUGCUUGGUAGGCCAAACGAAGGAAAACCGAAAGAAGAAUAGAUAUAAGAACAUACUGCCUUAUGAUACCACAAGGGUGCUUCUUGGGGCCGAAGGUGGCUAUAUCAACGCCAGCUUUAUCCAGAUGCUGGUGGGGACAAAGGAAUACCUUUACAUUGCGUGCCAAGGACCCCUCCCUAAUACGGUGGCUGACUUCUGGCAAAUGGCUUGGGAACAAAAAUGCACUCUUAUAGCCAUGAUGACCCAGGAAGUGGAAGGAGAAAAAGUCAAAUGUCAGCGGUACUGGCCCAAUGCUCUAGGCAAAACCACAAUGGUCAGUGAUAAACUCCGUCUUUCUCUUGUGUGGCUGCAGCAGCUCAAAGGCUUCAUCAUUAGAAGCAUGCAGCUCGAGGACAUUCAGACAGGUGAACUUCGCCAUAUUUCCCAUUUGAACUUUACUGCCUGGCCAGAUCAUGACACACCAUCUCAACCAGAUGACUUGCUAACUUUCAUCUCCUACAUGAGGCACAUCCACAAAUCAGGACCUAUCAUUACUCACUGCAGCGCAGGCAUUGGGCGAUCAGGGACACUUAUUUGCCUUGAUGUGGUCUUGGGCUUAAUCAGCCAAGACCUCGAGUUUGAUAUCUCCGAAGUGGUGCGGCUGAUGCGCUUGCAAAGGCAUGGCAUGGUGCAAACUGAGGACCAAUAUAUUUUCUGCUAUCAAGUUAUCUUGUAUGUCCUAAAACGUCUUCAAGCAGAAGAACAGCAGAGGAACAGCUAAAAUGUUGUGCCAAGUAUACAGUUUAAAAUAUGCCCUUAGAUAAUUCGGGCAUAUUCACAUUACAGAAUGAAACUGGUUUAAAAUUCAUGCCAUUUCCAUGGGAGAUGUAGAUCCAUGAAAGAAAAAAAGAACUAUGAUAGAAAUGAUUUCACAGACUUCCUUCAAACUACAAUUCCCAAGAUUCUUUAGGAGUGGACUAUAAAGAGCUUUUGCCAAUAUUAUUCCAGUUCCUGUCUCAAUCAAGCAUCUGGUAUCACUAGCCAGGCUCCCUCCUUUACAUGGAUGUGGGCACUUGAGCAUCAUUUAUAUACAUUUAUAUUUAAUUGUGCUGCAUUUUUGCAGCUUUUUCAAGUCAUUGAAAGUAAUUGACAUGUUAAAGACAUUUUUAAAAACAUAUUCAUGUUUCUUGCAGGUCAUUUUCCAGUUACUUAUAUAAUGUGGAGGGUUUUUUAGAGGGGGGAAAUAAAAACAGUAUUUUAUCCUGGUGGAUUUUCUUACAGUGCAUUUUUACUUGACUAUUUUUCAAGUGUGUUUAUAACAGAGCUGUCUUUUUCCAACAAUUGUAAUAUUGUAGAGCUUUCUAUAGAAAAUACUUGAAAUCGGUAUUUAAGCUUUACUUAGUAGUGUAUGGGAAAAUAGCAAAUAUUUACUGUAUCACACUUUACAAUGUUUAUAUAAAGGCUUGUGUAUAUAUUUAUAUACUUUUUACAAAAAAGGUGAAUUAUCAGAUAUCUAAACUUCUAACUGCUGAAACAUUUUCCCGGUGUAAAUAAAAAGACACUUUUUAAAAUA